AUGAAUUUAAGACAUAAAAACUCUAACUAUGUGACUGGCAACAAUGAAAUCUCUAGAUUAAGAAGAGUAAAACUAAUUUAAUCAAAUUAACAUUAAUCUAAGUCUUUAGCCACUGUUAAAAUCAAUUAAUCUCCAGAGCUUAAAUAAAAAAAAUAAAAUACCAUUUAUUAUGAUAAUAUCUAAGAUGAAACCUUAAUCAAUUAACCAUAAAAUGAAAAAAACUAAUUUUGUAAAUCUAAAUUAUAAGACUUAUUUAAUCUAAAAAAAAGUAUAUAAUUAUUUAAUAAUUUGAGAUAGUCUAACUCCAUUAUUGAAAUAAUAACUCAAUAGAUAAUAAACAAUAAUUAAGCAUUAACCUGAUUUUGUAAAGUAGCAGGAUUUAUAUGUUAGAAUUAGAAGACAAAGCAUUGAAAAUCUUUAAACAUAAGAAAAAUAAAAGAAUUUUGUGUUAAAAUCUUCAUAGGAUUGGACUUAAAAGAAAAAGGUUUAAAUAAAUAAUCUUAAAUAAACAAAUUUUAUUAAUGGAGUUCCUAUCUUAAAUAGGAGUGUUUCAUAAUUUACAUGUUUAACUCCAAGAAAAAAUAAUAAUGAUUGCAUUAAUUAAUAAUAAAAGGAAAGUAUUAAAAGGUAAAAGUUUGAAGGUUUAAUCAAUUUAAUAAUCAAUAUGAACAUUGAAAAUAUUGUUAUGGCUUUUAAUUCAAUAAAAAGAAAAUCAACAAUGCUUCCAUUCGUAAAAGAAUUUGAAAGAAGAAAAGAAGAUUUUAAACAGAAAAGGUUUUUUAUUUAAUUAGUUAAAGCAUAAUGA